CGGAAAGAUGAUGAGAUAGAGAGCAGAAAAAGAGGACAAGGGAGAGAGAAGAGAGAAAGUGAGGAUAGAGAGAAAAGGCGAAGUUAGGGAAGAGUAGAGAAAAGAGAAGCACAGAGGGAGAACCAUACAGAUCUUUGGAAGUGCCCAACUCUUGAAAGAUUUUUGAGUGAACGAUUCUCGGUUUCGUCGGAGACCACAGUGAAUCUUUAAUUUCCGGCGAGUCUGACAAUAUCUGGCGAAUUCUUCUGCAAUAUCAGUCUCGGAUGAGAAACAACCUUAUUUCUCAUCUGGGUCUUAUUGAUUUUGUCAAGAAACAUCAACGAUAAAUGGAUAGAAACCGAGAAGCCAGAAGAGUAGCAAGUAUGGUACCCUCUAAUGGUUUAUCUAGACGAAGACAUAGAAGUAACAGUCUAAGAGACUCGCCAGAGGAUGAUGGACCGAUGGAAUUACAAGAACCAUCAAGGUUGAGAGAUAGAGGGUUGAAGAAAGAUCGAGAUCGGGAUCGAGAUCGAGAGAGAGAAAGAGAGCGCGACAGAGACAGGUCAAGUCGGAGUAAACGACGAAGAGCGGAGAGAUUGAUUCACGGUGGUAAUAGAGAAGAUGGAGGAGAAGAUAGUUCAGAAGAAAGUGUGAAUGAUGACGAGGAAGACGAUGAAGAGGACGGUGGAAAUGGAACUGGACCGGUCCGGAUGCUACCACCGAAUCCGAUGUCAACCAACCAUCAUUUACAGCCCCGGAAAAGUUACCCACCGAGCUCUGCGAAAGUUUUUAGGGCUGCGCCGGUGUGGAAAGCCGGCGAUGAAAUGAUCGGCGUGUCGGUACCCAGAAAAGCUCGGACAGCAUCCACGAAAAGGUCACAUGAGUGGAUGAAUGGCGGUGGUGGUGAAAGAGUAGUGGGUGGAGGAGGAGAGCAGAUACAUCGGCAAGCUUCGACUUCACCGGUGAGACAAAGUCUUCCUUCAACCUCGACGCCUUCGCCGGGAGCUCCACUUUCUCCGUCUUCUUCCAAUGCUUCGUUUCGGAAGAAGAUGAAGUUGAAUGGACCCAAACACAGACCGCCAAAGAUGUCUUCGAAGUCGUCUUCAUCAAAUCCUGAGGAGCUGGAGAUCGAAAUCGCCGAGGUUUUAUAUGGGUUGAUGACUCAAUCUUCAAAGAAAGAAGUGGUCUCAAACGAAUCGGCUAAGUUUGACUCAAGGGAGCUCAAUAAAUCCACAAGUGAUUCAAAAUCCAGAGUUUCGUCUCCGAUCUCGAAUUCACCAUCGACAAAUCCUCAGUCAUCGGCGAUUUUGCCACAAAACUCUAGCUCCUCAGCUACUCCCAUAUCAGCAGUUGCGCCGAAGAGGAAGAGACCGAGACAAGUAUCAGAGAAUAUGGGGAGUUUUGGUGUCCGGAGCAGCCCCAUUUCAACGACGAUCACGAAGGUCGAGAUCGAUCAGCUACCAAAGACCGAAAUUUCUUCUCCAAGUAUGGAUAAGAAUCCAGGAUCUGCAGCUGAAAAUGGUGGAGUACCGUACGAUCUGGGUAGUUUGGUCAAUUCACAGCCUUUGACCUCACCAUCGGAGCCUAUACCGGAGAUGAUGAAGCCGGAUUCGGAGUCACAGGCAAAGACGGAAAAAGUAGCCGAAAGUCGAGAUUUGCCUUCGGGCAACGGAGAUGUCACGGCAAAGAAGGAACCUCCUGUGGUCAGAUUAGAAGAUAAUCUUCAGGGUGUGACAGCGACAGCAACCAAAUUGAAUUCAAUGGUUUCUGAGGGGGAGAAGCCCAAGGAGGAAAAAUUCAAGAUAGAUCUGAUGGCUCCACCUCCUCAAUUGAGAUCAUCACCGGAAAGAGAAGGCGAUUUCGGGGUGGCGGCGACAGUGGUGGAGGACCAUAAGCCGAUGAUAUCUAAUCUUGAUUCGGAAAUGAUGAGACCAAAGGAAGAUGAUAAGGAAGCUAUGUAUGUGGCAGCUGAGGAGAGAAAGGUGAAAUCGGCGGUGGAAGAAGUUCAAUUGCAGAAGCCAGUUGAGAACAAAGUGAGAAAUAUUGAUCUUCAGCUUGAUUUGGAAAAACCUGAGAGAGAGAGUGGAAACAACAAAUUUCAACAUCAGGCCCAGAAGCAGCAACAACCACCUCCACCAAAAGCAACCGGAGAAGAAUCACAUUCAGAGAAAACAUCUCAAUCCAGCUCGUUGCCUUUGCCAAUGUCUAUGGCUAGCUGGCCUGGUGGGCUUCCUUCAAUGGGAUACAUGACACCAUUGCAAGGAGUUGUGUCCAUGGAUGGUAACGCCAUGUCGGCACCAAUGCAGCCACAUUUCUCUCAACCACGGCCGAAAAGGUGUGCAACACAUUGUUAUAUUGCUCGGAACAUUUACGUCCUCCAGCAAUUCAUGAAGAUGAACCCUUUCUGGCCAGCUGCAGCAGGGACUGCAUCUUUGUUUGGAGCCAAGCCCAGCAAUCUCAACAUUGUACCACCUGCAGAAUUGAAUGGAAACAUCUCUGGUAGGGGCAUGAACUCUAUGCAGGACAAGGGGCAAGGUCUUGCGAUCUUUCCUGGCCAUACUGGGAAGGACAAAGGUCCUCAAGCUGCCAAUAUUGCUGAUGCUGCACAGAGCAAGCAGCAGCCGAUUUUGCUUCAGCAAGCAAUGCCCCCAGUAGCCCCUAGUAAUAUUCUGCAUGCCCCUGCUUUCAUCUUCCCUUUGAGCCAGCAACAGGCGGCAGUGGCAGCUGGUUCUGUUCGACCUGCAUCUACAAAGUCUCCUACAACCACAAGAGGGUUAGCUUCAUCCAAUGCUUCUAGUUCUGCUAAUGUGAGUAACUCUGCAACAACAGCCGGAGCAGCCACUGCGAUGAGCUUCAAUUACCCAAAUAUGCCUACGAAUGAAACCCAGUACUUGGCAAUCUUACAGAACAAUGCAUACCCUUUUCCAAUACCAGCUGUUGGAGCACCGCCAAAUUAUAGAGGAACUCAUGCUCAGGCUAUGCCGCUGUUCAAUGGGUCAUUCUAUUCUUCUCAGAUGAUCCAUCCAUCACAUCUUCAGCAGCAGCAGCAAGCACCACUUUCUCAGUCACACCAAAUGCAACAAGCCAACCAGAAUACGAGCUUCUCUAGUGGUUCUUCAUCUUCCCAGAAGCAUUUGCAGAGCCAGCAGCAGAGGCCACAAGGAGGUGCUGCCAACGGUGGGAAUGGAGGAGGAAAUUUACAUCACAUUCCUGCCACAAAAAAUCGCCCAUCACAGCAACAGCAUCAGCAUCAGCAUCAGCAUCAGAAUCAGCAUGUCUCCUUGGCACAACAACAAUCACGUCAGCUGGAAGGUGAGGUGGGGGCAGAAGAUAGCCCCUCAACAGCUGAUAGUCGAAUAUCUCGUGCCACAAUGAGUGUCUACGGUCAGAAUUUUGCUAUGCCAAUUCAUCCACACAACUUUGCUUUGAUGACCCCUCCUGCUGCAUUGGCUGGUGCCACCACUGCCAGUGGUGGCGGCAACGUAAAUGACAAAAAGCCGCAGCAACCUCAACAGCAGGGCUUGAAAGGUGGAAUUGAAUCUUUGCCACCUCAAACGUUUGCAAUGUCAUUUGCUUCCAUAAAUGGUGCUACUAGUGCUCCUGGUAUUGACAUUUCAUCCAUGGCACAUAAUCAUGCAAUUCUUCAGAGCUUCCCAGAAGCUACAAGGCAGAGCUUUCAAAUUAUGGCAGCUGCAGCUCAAGUGGCACAACAAAAGAAGAAUUUCAGAGUCUCCGAAGAUGGUAAAACUGGAGGUAGCGAUUCUUCUAAUGCUGACGAAGAAAGAAAGGCCUUAGAAGGCAAGGCUCCGACAACUGUUGGGCCGUCCAUUGCUUUUUCAAGGGACUUGACCGAUUCCUCCGGUUCUGCCAUGCCAGGCAACAUUGUGAAUCUUUCUUCUGGUCCUGCUCGGACCUCUCGUUCUCCCAUGCCUAGUGCUGUUGGCACUUUGAAUGCUUCAAGUUCUCAGCUGCAAGCUCAACUGCACCAUCAGCAACAGCAGAUGAUUCAGCUUCAUAAGCAGCAACAGCAGCAGCAGCAGCAGCAGUUUGCAGCCGCUGUGGCAGCUCGGAGUAAGACCCCAGCAACAAGUAAUGGGAGUGUUUACUCAGAGCAUUUGACUUCAUCAGUUUCUGUGCCUGCUAAGUUUCCAAAUGCUCACACUGCUUUUCCACAAAACCUUGUUCAAAGCAGCAAUAGCGGCAGCCCUGCUCAAUCUCCCCAAUGGAAAAAUAAUACAAGAGCAACCACCUCACAAGCUCCGUCAUCGCUGGCCCCCUCAACCCCAUCAAUACUAAAAAACCUCCCUCAGCAGCAAACUAGAGCACAGCAAAGCCAUACGCAGAUAUCAUUCAGCGCGAAUCAAAAAUCAUCGACAACACUGCAUGGGCAACAGCAACAGCCUCCAAGUAACAACCAGUCUACUUCUCCUCCAAUGGUGAUUGGCUCCCCGACAAUUUCAAUCUCCAAGGGUGCUACUGCUAGCGGAAGCCCAAGGACAUCUUCCACUCCCGCUAGUAACAAAGUUGGCCAAGCCUCUGCUUUGCCACCACAGCAGGCGAAGAAUUCACCCUCAGCUUCUAGCCAGAAGUCAUCUCCGGUUGGUGGGAGGAAUGUUCCAUCAAUUCUUGGCAGUCCUCAUGUCAACUCUUCAAACUCUGGAGCUAAGCCCCAAAUGCAGCAACAACAGUUACCAAAAAACAUGCAGCAAGCGCAAAUAUUCUUCUCAACUACUUGCGUGCAAGCCCAAUCUCCACAUUCAACUAGUACUAGUUCUACCGCAUCAGGUGGUGGUUACUAUCUUCAAAGAAGGCAUUCUGAACAACAUAAGCAGCCUCAACAGCCACCGGGCUCAUCAUCUACAUCAUCAAGUGGGAUGUUAUCGCUGUGCUCUCCCGUUUCGCUAACCAGUGCCACCACUACUGAUCCUGCAAAAGCAAUUGCGGCUGCUGCAGCUGCUAGUAAUAUGAAAGGUGGUAGCUUACCAUCACAGGGCAUUCUCCAUGCAGCCCAGUUUGCUGCACAGUCCUCGGGAAAUCCCCAUCCAGUCAUGCCUUCCAGCUUCUCUUAUGUUCACUCAGGGCCUGCUGCAGUUCAGGUGAAACCGGCUGAGCAGAAACAACCUGCUGGCAAUGACAAUUUGCAUGCAUGCUGGCAGCCUGAGAAGAAAUGAAAUAUGGUGCUCCGUUGAUGGUUGGCAUACAUUUGACGGCGGGCACAAGACUCGAAGCAAAAAGUUCUGGGAUGAACAACCCCCACAGUUUUGGGAAGAAGUUGAAUUGAGUGGGAAGAUCAUCCCCCACUGAAUUUGUUGGGAAUGUGAAUGCACGAGUAUUGAGUGAAUUAGUAUCUGUGUACACUCGUCUAUAAUCUGACAGGGUUGAUGGCAAAGUUGCUAAUUAAUUCCAUUGGUUGGUUUUUUGAUGGUAAGAGGCUGGUUUUGGAAGGAAAGAAAAUUUUAUCAGCAUUUUGUAUUGGCAAAAAAAGGAGGAAGAUGUGAAGGACAGGUUCCAAGAGUUGUUCCUGGGGGAAGAAUAGGAGAGGUUCCUUUUCUACUUUGUUGUCUUUGUUUUUUCCUCUUCUGUGUCUUGGGGGUUUAGUUUCAUGGAAGAGCAGUUUAAAACAGUAUCUUUUGGACUUACAAGUGUACUGGAGGGUGUAUAUUAAUGUGUAAGGCCUCAAUUUUUUUAUUUAAUUGCUGUCCAUCUAUUUGUAUGAUGAUGAUGGAAGGGUGCUUAUAUUAUUGGCCCAGAAAACUUUGAUGAUGAUAUCUUUUUU